AUGCACUUUGCACCCACACAGUGUAAGGUCACGCUCGUGGACGUGCAGUCACUGAACACGCCACUUACAAGCGAGGGAGAGGCACUGGAAGUUGUGGAGCGUUUUACGCAUCUUGGAAGUCAUAUCAGUUCGGAUUGUAGUGUGACAGAUGAGGUGAAUGAACGAAUCUGCAAGGCUCGAGCCGCAUUUGCUAAUUUGAGACACCUGUGGCGUCAGGAUGGUUUAUCCCUGAAUCUGAAGGAACGUAUCUAUCAAGCUGCAGUACGGGUUGUUUCGUUGUAUGACGAUGAUGAUAUGACGAUGAAUGGUGAUGAUGAUGAUGGUGAUGAUGAUGAUGGUGAUGAUGAUGAUGACGAUGAUGAUGAUGGUGAUGACGAUGCUGACGAUGAUGAUGAUGGUGAUGAUGGAAUUUGA